AUGGUUUGGGGCGAUUGCUUGGGCUUCCGUGCGAGUUGCCAAUGGUUUGCGAAGGAGCUCGUCAUCAUCUACAUUGUCCAGGACAAGAAUCCAUUCUCCAAUAUUUCCAUCUUGCAACCAAUUCCCGAAGAGUUGAAAUAUAUUAGCCUUAUGGUCUUGGCGCCCGGGAAUCUGCGCGCGGUUGACAAGGUCGCGGAGACUUUCCUCGCAGCGCGCCGCAGUACUGGCAUGAACCCAGAAGACCCAGGUGUCGGUCGAUUGCUGUCGGACCCGAUGGCAGUAUUCGAUGACAAGCCGAGUUUUCCUGCUGUAAAGUUAGCCUUGGACGAACAACCCUUCGGCCCGUGA